ACUUUGGGCUGAUAUUUUGUUUUUUAUACAAUGAGACAGUUACACAAUCUCAGCCUCUUUUUUUAUGACGAAAACGGUUACAAAAUUAUAAUUGAAUCUCCUCCUAUAUUGACGUCUCACUCCCUUCUCCUUUCUACUGUUAUUUUCAUGACAUCUCGGGUCAUUUUAAUAUUUUGUUGUCUAAUAUGGUGUCAUCUUGUUUCUGGAUAUAAACAAGGUGACCCUGUACAUUUAUAUUAUAACAAAAUAUUCUCUUUAAAAAACCAGCUCUCCUAUAGUUAUCAAUCACUUUCUUUCAUCUGUCCAACUCAGCAACAUUCAAGAAAGAAAAGCUUACUCGUAUUUGAUCAAGAUCUCAGAGGUGACAGAUUUGUACAGAGUGACUAUAAACUCAACUUUCUCGAAAAUCAAGAAUGUAAAGUAUUAUGUAAACAACCAUGGAGCAUAGAAGAUGCCAUUAAAGUAGAGGAGCUAGUUGCAGAUGACUACCUCGUUGAAUGGGAAUUAGAUGGCAUGCCUGGUGCAACUGUCUCAUAUACGAACGAAGCACCCGAACAUAAUUAUAGAAUUGGAUUUCCAUUGGGUUUUAAAAAGGCAGAUUCAACUUUUAUCAAUAACCACGUGAUAUUCCAAGUACUUUAUACCUCAGAUCCUGCACAAAUUGGAAAAUAUGAUAUUGUCGGAUUCGAGGUGUACCCGGAUUCUAUUGCUGAUGGUGAAUGUUCCAAGAAAAACGUAGAAUACCCAUAUCAACAAGUCACUGGAAAGAGAACGACUGUCGCAUUCACUUAUUCUGUGCAAUGGAAAGAGGUUAAAGACAAAAUGAACCGUUGGGAUGCAUUUUUAUUGCCUCCUAAUAAGGAGAGACAUUAUUAUACUUUAUUGAAUGGUGUGAUUGCUACUCUUAUGGUAUUUGGUAUCAUCGCUGUUAUUAUUUUGAAAACAGUUUAUAAGGACACCAGCCAGGAUGAUAAGGAUCUCAAGUUAUUUGAUGAUGCAGAUGAUUUCAUAGGUUGGAAGUUGAUUAGUCGCGAUGUAUUUAGACGUCCAAUUUACGGUGGCCUUUUGACCCCAAUUAUGGGAUCAGGUAUUCAGUUAUUGAUUGUAUCCAUUGGUUUAAUUGUUUCUCUUUAUAUGGGAUGGUACCACCCUGCUCAGCCUGGUUCUUUGACACGUUGGUUUACAUUCUUUUACUUGUUGGGCGGUGUACCUGCCGGUUACGCAAGUGCUAGAGUUUAUAAAGUCUUCCGUGGCAAGUCAUGGAUCUUAAACGGUAUCCUUACCGCAUUUGUUGUACCUUUUGGAGUUCUUUUUGUUUUGUUUGUACUUUGUAUGAUUACAUGGUCCCAGCAAUCAUCACUUGCAAUUUCAUUUUCAGGCUGGGUUUCCAUUUUCUCAAUUUGGAUAUUUGUUCUUUUGCCACUUGUAUGCAUCGGGGCUUAUAUUGGUGAAAGAUCUGAACGUAUGGAACAACCUUCUCGUACCACACAAAUGCCACGUAUGGUGCCUGCUAAGCGUUGGUACCAGCUUAAUUUGAUUCGUAUUCUAUUAGGCGGUAUCAUUCCAUUUGCCAUCAUCUUUUUAAACUGGCACGAGUUCUUGACUUCUGUUAGUAAAGGAGAGUAUAUAUUAUCUAUUGAUUAUACUAUGGCUGUUUCCAUUUUAAUGCUUAUAGCGACAUCUGGGAUCACAAUUGUUUUGAUAUUUUUACAACUUUGUGCAGAGGAUCAUCAUUGGUGGUGGCAAUCCUUUAUUAUUGGAGCAUCUCCUUCAUUUUAUAUGUUUUUAUAUGGUCUUUACUACUUUCAGAGUACAAAAAUUAAGGGAUUGGUGGGCGCAUCAAUUUAUACUAUCAAUUUGAUUUUGGGUUGCAGUGUCAUUGGUUUAUGUACUGGCACACUUGGGUUCCUGAGUGCAUUUUUUGUUAUUAGAAGAAUUUAUUCAUCCAUCAAGGUUGAUUAAUAGAAUUAAACAUUUUUUAUUUUAAUUA